UAUAAAUGGGGAAUGUUAUCUCCAGAAUCGAACUGUGUAUACUUUAAUAGUACGUUAUAUUUACUUAGAUUGCGCAUAAUAAAAAACCCUGAAAUACUCUGCCGGAUCGAAAAACAUAUACAUGUUUUGACGUCCACUGCAGAAAAAGAUGUGGUUGUUUUGUUUUGUUGCUAUCACUCUGAUAGUGGCACCAUCUGUGAAGCCCCAGCUGUUAUACGAAGAUGACAAUAUUCCAUUAAUGAAUAAUCCAGUCGAAAUGAGGAAAAUGCUUCUGUCACUUAUUAACACAUUUGAUCGAAAGAUUACUGAAAAUUUUACAAAAUUACUAGCUCGUGUGCAAAAUGAUUUUCAAUCCAAGCUUAGGAACCAGUCAGCUGAAUUGAUUUUCGUUCAGAAACUAAACAACGAAAACAAAACAUUUACGAACACAUUUGAUCGAAAAAAUUCUGAACAUUUUACAAGAUCGCUAGCUAAUGUCCAGAAUGACUUUCAAUCCAAGCUCAAUAAUCUAUCAGCGGAAUUGAUGUCAGUUCAGAACGAAAACAAAGAAAUCAAAAGUAAACUGCUCGAUCUGACCAAAAGACAAACAGACGCCCAAUUAAACAGAUAUUCAACUAAACCCACUGUGGAGGCAGAAAGAAAUAUCACUGAUAUUCAGACAGAUCUAGAUGCAAAAAUCAAAGAAGAAUUCGAAACACUGGAAUCUAGUAUCCAAGCAAAUCUUACAUUGAGACUCGAAGACAACAAUGCAUUAAUGGAGGAUAACAUGGAAAUAAAGAGAAUGAUAGGCUACUUGAACAAUACUCAGACCAAAUUAAAUUCUAAAGUAGAUGGAUUAGAGAAACUACUGAAAGAGAAAGAAAAGUUGAAUAAUAGAUUAGCUAUAAAUGAGUCAUCAUUAAACGAUUUAGAAAGAAAAACACAGGUUUUAAAUGAUACACUACAUGAUUUGCAGAAGGAAGGUUUUGUGAUGAAAACAAAAGUAUCUACAAUUGUUACAGACGUACAGAAAAAAGCAGAUAUUUUAGAGCAAAUGGGCUCUAAGGUCACUCAACAAAGCAUUAAAGUGAAUGAAACUUUACGAAGUAUUUAUGAAUUAAAAGAACAAGAAAAAAACAGGAUCAUUUAUUUUGCAAAUGUUACAUCAACUGCUGACAACAUGCGCAAUGAACUCUUCUUUCUUAAAACGAGUUUGGAUACACUAAAGAAUCAGACAAACUAUUUGAAUGUUGGCCUUACUCACGUCAACAGCUCAGUUAUAAAUGAUAGCCAACAAAUCGAAGAAAAUAAAAUGAAGAUUAACGGAUAUAUAUCGCAACUAAGUUAUCUUCAAAUGACUGUUAAAAGUCAGGAAACCAUGUUACAAAACUUGCAGAAUGCUGUUGAAAAUGUCGGAUCAGUUCCUAGUAGAUGUAACGAUUCGCAAAAGCCCAUUAGUUGUGAAAAAGGUGUAGCUAAGGUGACUCGUAUUAGCGUCAUUGCAGAUGGCAUUCGUCUUGUGAAUGGAAGCUCCUGGAACGAAGGUCGUGUAGAGGUGUAUGAAUCCGGAGGCUGGGGGUCAGUUUGUAGCUCUGAAUGGGACACCAUGGACGCCAGUGUUGUUUGUAAAGUAAUGGGAUUCAAAUACGGAGUGGUGAUUACAUCUGGACUUUUUGGUCUGGGAGGUGGUCCAGUCCAAAUGACAAAUGUAUCCUGUGAUGGGUCUGAGAGCAGUAUUUUUGGUUGUUUAUAUAAUCGUACUAAAGAAUGUCCAACAAACCAAACAGCCGGUGUUGUGUGCACCAAUGCUAACCCCCUCCGACUUGUGAAUGGACGAACCGAAGCCGAGGGUCGUGUUGAGAUAUACACAGAGAACUCCAGGGGACGCGGGGAAUGGAGGACGGUCAGCGACAGAAACUGGGGCAACAGUGAGGCGCAUGCUGUUUGUCAGAUUCUAGGAUUUCCUGGACAUCACACAAUUCCUAGAGCUGGAUAUCAUUUUGGACAGGGUACAGGGGAAAUUUGUUUGGAGGAUGUAAAAUGUAACGGAACAGAACUCAGUUUACUGGAUUGUCAUUAUCAAUGGAACUCUAACUGUAGCCACACCGGGGAUGCUGGAGUCAGCUGCUUAACGAUUCGUUUGAUGGACGGCUAUGAUGAGUCAGAAGGCCGAGUGGAAGUUCUAAUUGACAACCAAUGGGGCACAGUUUGUGAUGACAACUGGGGUCAAAACGAGGCUUCAGUCGUCUGUCGUAGUUUAGGAUUACCCAGUGCUAAUGCUGUGGCUAAACGCUCUGCAUAUUUUGGACAUGGUAACAGUGAAAUUAUACUCAACGGAUUAAACUGUUCAGGUGGAGAGAAUGACAUUCAAGAGUGUAGUCGAACACAGUCAGGAUUGGAAAAGUGUGGUCAUGAAAACGACGCAGGAGUUCGAUGUUUACAAAUUCGCUUAGUGAAUAAACCAGGAAAGAAAGUUUCUGGUCUGGUAGAAGUGUACAUUAAGAAUGAGUGGGGAAAGGUAUGUGGAGAUAAUUGGACCAACAAGGACUCUCAAGUCGUCUGUCGUCAUCUAGGGUAUCCAAGACAUACAGCAUAUCCUCUCCAGAAUAACUUCUUUGGACAAAACCCUGGGCGAAUUUGGAUUAAUAAUGUUCACUGUUUGGGAGGCGAGCAGACGCUACUUAAAUGUAAUCACAGUACUAAUUCAAGAGACAUUCAGUGCACUUCUAGGAGAGCUGCUGGAGUUAAUUGUGCGCCGUUGACACUAGUGGGCGGUCCAAGUGACAGAGAGGGCCGAGUUGAAGUUUACACUGACCAGCAAUGGGGCACUGUUUGUGACACACACUGGGGCGACCAGGAGGCCCGUGUCGUUUGUGAAAACCUCGGUUAUUUUGGUCAUCAUGCUAUUCCGCGACGAAAUUCAUUUUUUGGAGGCGGCAAUGGAUCUAUUUUAAUGGCGGAUGUUCAUUGUGAGGGAAACGUAAGCAGUUUGUUAGACUGCAGACAUCAGGUCGCCAUCACGACUAAUUGUAGCCAUAACAAUGACGCCGGAGUUAGCUGUUUACCUGUGCGGCUGGUAGGUGGACAGAACGAUCGUGAGGGGCGGGUAGAGGUGUACAUGAACCACGUCUGGGGCACGGUGUGUGACGAUGAUUGGGACCAUGACGAUGCCCAGGUUGUUUGCCAAAGUCUGGGGUUUCCAAACUUCACAGGGGUAGCACGUGUAGCUGCCUAUUUUGGACAAGGGAGCGGGCCAAUAUUGCUUGAUAAUGUAAGAUGCAACGGAAAUGAAGUGGACGUCCGCAAUUGUAGCUACACAUCGAAUGUCAACUGUGGCCAUAGUGAAGAUGCUGGAGUUAUCUGUGUACCGUUAAGGUUGGUGGAUGGAAAGAUUGGAAAAGAGGGACGAGUUGAGGUUUACAUGAACAACCAUUGGGGGACCGUGUGUAACAGUAACUGGGGACAGAACGAGGCUCAAGUCGUUUGUGAGAAUCUCGGCUAUGGAAGGUUGAACGCAGUACCUCGGCAAUCUGCGUUUUUUGGAGAAGGCACUGGUGACAUUGUCCUACAUAACGUACGCUGUUCUGGAAGGGAAACCGCUCUCAUUGAUUGCCAACACGAAGUUCUUGUCUCCACAAAUUGUAGUCAUGACAACGAUGCAGGAGUUAGCUGUCUCCCGAUCCGUUUAUUCGGAGGAAGAAAUGCUAUGGAGGGUAGGGUAGAAAUAUUUUUACAAAAUGAGUGGGGAACAAUUUGUGACACACUAUGGGAUAGUAAAGAUGGCAGUGUGGUAUGCAGGAGUUUGGGCUACAAAGGAUUUACAGGUGUACCUCGUUACAACUCGUUUUAUGGAAAGGGAAGUGGGCGAAUAUGGCUACAGAAUAGCAGUUGCAGUGGUGAUGAAACGAGCAUCCAAAACUGUAUCAAAUCAGGAAUAGGGGUUCAUCAAUGUAAUCAUUCCAAUGAUGCCAGUGUAAAAUGUAUUCCCAUUCGACUUGUAAAUGGGUCAAGCAUUGACGAAGGAAGAGUAGAGGUAUAUCAAGACAAUCAAUGGAGCACCAUAUGUGGUAAAAGUUGGAGUAAUAGUGAGGCUCAGGUUCUUUGUCAAAGUCUGGGGUUUGGCAGAGCGAUGAAUAUCAAUGCCAAAGCUUCUUUUGGAGAAGGAAAAGGGGAUAUAUUGAUACAAAAUGUUAACUGCAAAGGCACCGAGAGUAGCUUAUUGGACUGUGGAAAAGAUGACGUCAUCGUCCAAAACUGCAGUCAUCACUAUGAUAUAGGAGUAAAAUGUUCCUCUGUUCGUUUGGUUAAUGGUACACACGAGUGGGAGGGUCUUGUUGAGAUGUAUGAUGGUAGUACCUGGAAGGGGCUUAGUGCACAGAACUGGAACACCGCAGAAGCACGGGUUGCUUGCCGUAGUUUAGGAUUUGAUGGGUCCACAGUUGUUACUCAACCUUUCAAAAUGAAUCAAAGAAUAACUGUAAAGUUUCCCACAUAUUUCGAUUGUCGAGGACACGAGAGAAAUCUCUUCGAAUGUUCCCAUCAUAGAAUACCAGUAAACACAGGAUGGUAUUCUAACAAAGAGUGUACUCAAGCAGAAGUGAGGUGUAUUCCUGUGCGGCUUUCUGGGGGAUACAGCAGUGUAGUGGGACGUGUAGAAAUCUUUCUAAACAACGUUUGGGGUACAAUUUGUGAUGCAGGCUGGGGCUCCGUGGACUCACGUGUAGUUUGCCAUACUCUUUUUGGAGAUAAUUAUUAUGGAACCACAGUCAGUACAAGACAUCUUGUUCGGAGCGUUGGUGAUAUCCUGUUGGCAAAUGUAUCUUGUACGGGGUCAGAACGCAGUGUUUUGGAAUGCAAGCACAGUCUGAUGACAGAUCAAUGCAGUCACACCAAGGACGUGGCAGUAAAGUGCUUUCAAAAUAUACGUUUGAAUAAUGGCAUUGUUGAGGUUUAUAUGAAUUACCAAUGGGGCACGGUUUGCAGUUACGAUUGGGAUGAUUUGGAUGCAAAAGUUGUCUGCAGAAGUUUAGGGUUACGAAGCCAUUAUGCAAACGCACGGAGAACAAAUAGGUAUUACUAUAGCUCAAUGCCAAUUUUGUUACGCGAUGUGGAAUGUCGCGGCACGGAAUCGUCUCUUUUUGACUGUCCCAAAUACACCGCCUCUGGAUACUGUUAUGGAUCCAAAAUAGCAGCUGUUGAUUGUGAUUAAAUAUUGCCUUGGAUCACCUAUACAUAACACAACAUUCUCAUUUGAUUAAUUCAAAGUUCUGGUAAAAAAGCAUUAAGAAUAUGUAAAUACUUUACAUUUAUACGACAUUCAAAUACAAAAUUACAUGUAACCUUUCGAGUAUCUGAUUACCGUUGCAUUGUACUUGAAUUUGUGGCAAUUUAAAUUCUGUGUACUUUUAUUUCGACUUAUAAAUACUCAAUUAGGAAAAUAAAAUGUAAAACAAUGUU